AUGAUUUCUCGCAGCGAUCACAUAUGGAGGCUGCUCGGGAGACAUCUCCUGAGGCAGAAGCCAAUUGGCCCUCCUGCAAUCUUCAGAGGAGCUUCCUUGCCACGACGAGGCUUUGGUAGCACCGCAGCCCUGCAGACCAAGAAUCAAAUCUACGACCCGGUGAAGCGGGCUGCCGACUUCGACACAUACCAUCUCCUCUCGGUAUCCGCGGGAACGCCGCUCCUCACGCUAUGGACAACUUCUUGGUGCCCGACUUGUCGCAUCGUGUCCCCUAUUCUCUACGAUCUCGUCGAAUCCGGCGUCGGCGAGGCUGAAGGCGGUGUGGGCCUCUGCACGAUCGAGUACGAUUCCCCCGAUAUCAUGAAGGAAGGCUUCGGCCACAAAUAUGUCAUAUCCUCCGUGCCGACGAUCAUGGCCUUCGAUGGUCAGGGUGCGCGUUUGAGCACUAGGCUCAUGGACCCGGCGAAAAUGACGGACAAAACUUUCUUGGCGAGUUGGAUCCGGGAAGAGGCAAGGAGAAUGGGCGGAGGCAGCGUCGGUAGCGGUUUUGCCUCCAAGCUUUUUCGGCUAUGA